CGCUCUCAGCAACACUGGUCGCAGAGUCAAGCUCGAUCUUUUCGCGGAACCCUCUGGAGACUUGGGUGGCUCCACUGCACAUGGGGAUGCGGGAGGAGAUACCGAUUCACAACACCGUGAAGGGUUAUCCAAUUCACCCUCUUCUUCAGGUGGGUUCUGUCAGUUUUCUUCAAAAGGACUAUAGUUAGAGGACAUGAGUGCUCAACAUUAUAUUGGUGGAAAUAUGGAACUGUAUAUGCAAGACAUAUUUUGUUGUUUGCUACAAGAAACUAUUCUCAGACUGUAGGGCUGCUGUGGCCUUGGGAACAUUCAUUUCAGAUGAGGUCGCCCGUGCCGCAUUUAAAUAUGAAUGAACUCCCAAUCGUUUUCCCCCCUUUGGCAGCAUCAAGGGAUUUCCGAGGUUCAGACAGUAGAAAGUAUUAUCGGUUCGUAUGUUUCUGGCUUUAUUUGCUUAGUGGCUUACUGACACUUCCCAUCUGUAACAGGUCAACAACCACAGAAUCCCCUGCUGUUACUUGGACAAUAUAGCGAUGAUGAAGCAGAUGAUGGAUCAAGCAAGGGGCCUAAUGAUAAGAAGGUAGAGAGCCCCAUGCUCAAUGAAGAGGCUAAGGAUGCACUUGAUGAAGGUUCUAAUGACUUGAACAUCAGUGUCUCUGUAGAUACUGUUACUCAGAAUAAUGAACAACAGAAUACAAUACAAAAUCCAACUUCAGUUGAGGCUGCAGACAGUGAAAAAAAUGAGUGUGAUGUUGCUUCUGGUAAUUUGCAAAAUGAAACCGUCUCCAAAGAUCAGAUGUAUGUUUCUGAAAAUCUUGAUGAACAAGUUGUCACUUCAGGAUGGAAGAUGGUGAUGCAUGAGGAGAGUCAACGCUAUUAUUACUGGAAUAUUGAAACUGGGGAAACUUCAUGGGAAGUACCCCAGGUUUUGGUUCAAGCAGAUCAGUUGAUUAAUGAUCCAAUUCCUCCUAGUUCUGUCUAUGAUAAAACAGAGGGUGCUGCUGUUGGUAUAGAUAAUUCCGAUGACCUCUCAGCUCAGAUGCAGGACACUUCUGCUGCUUGCACAAUUGAUGGUUCCGUAGAAACCAUGGCAACUUCUCAUAAAAAUAUGUGUGGUCAUUGGUCCCAAAUGAAUGGAUGUAGUGGUGAAUGUACAAAUGGAAAUAAGGGUUCUGAUGAUAAUGGGAAUGAGUUGAUAAGGGAAGAUGGUUUGGUGGGUUUAUCUUAUGGUGGAGAUUAUUCAUUUGUUUCUAAGUUUAAUGGUGAAGAACAGCAGUUGGAAAAUGAUUUUCCUUCUUGUCUUGUUAAACAAAGUGAGAGUUUGUUAGAGAGGCUGAAAUCACUGAAAAAGUCCCAGGGUAAUCUGCAAGGCCAAGACUCGUUGUCGAAGUAUAUGUUAGAAGUUGAGAUUAGGCUCUCCGAUUUUAGGUCUCUUGCAACCUAUGGAUCGUCUUUGCUUCCAUUCUGGGUGUACUCUGAAAGGAAGAUAAAGCUGCUUGAAAGUUUAAUAAAUAGUGAAUUGUUGCAAACUGUGAAAUCUACACAUAAUGAAGUCGAGGAUAAACCAAUCCCUGUCUCUGAAGGAUUAUGUGAGCAACAGAAUGGCAUGGGACACGAGUCUGUAGUACAUCCCAGUGAAAUCAGUGGGAACUUUCUUACUUCUGAAGUUUCCAAUGGAUCUCAGGCUGUUGCUUCAGCCGUUUCAAAAGAUGACAAUGAUAAAAUUGCCAUGAACGAUCAGCAUGUUUCCUUGUCCAAUUCUCCUGGGAGUCAUAUGGCAACAGGUUUAGAAGUUAAUGCAAAAGUUGAAACAACUAUAAAUCAUGAGGAAUCAACCCAUAAACAAGAGUAUAACGUUGGGGAAGAUGUUGAUAUGGAUGUCGACAUGGAAGUUGAAGAUAUGGAUUCCUCAGAAAAUAUGACUGUCAUGGACGUGUCAGUUUCAAAGGGUUUUCUGCAAACAGACCAACCAGUUCAGCUGAAUCCGCUUGUUGACCAGCAUUCUUUGUUGCCUGAGGAUGAGUUUGUUGUUCCUCCUCCUCCAGAUGAUGAGUGGAUCCCUCCACCACCCCCUGAAAAUGAGCUUGUACCUCCACCACCACCACCAGACGAUGAUCAGGUGCCCCCUCCUCCUGGUGAUCCGCUUGGAACUUCUUAUGGAACUCUCCCUUCUUACACAGAGACAGGGCAACCCCUUUCUUAUUCUCAAUAUAAUCUAUCUUAUCCUGGGGCUUCUGCUGAGUAUUAUGGGCAGGCAACUGUUGAAGUCCCAAGCAGUAAUAUAUAUGGACAAAUUGUUAUGCCACCUGCACAGGUCUACUAUACUGCAGUUGCUAAUGCGUAUAGUGAAAAUACUCAAGUAAUGAUCAAUCCAACUGACCCUGUUGCUUAUUAUGAGGUUCAAGAUGGAGCUGGUUCAAAACCCGUACCUGCUAUCAAUGUUGAUGAAUCUGGUGGGAUUGACAGGGUAUCUAGUGAUUUUCCAUCCACCUUAUCAAGCAUCCAUGCACCUGGAGCUGUUUCUGUUGAGGAUGGUGUUUCGUUGCCACCAGUCACUACUGAAACUGCUGCUGACAAUACUACCUCAUCAUUAGUUGCUAAAGCACAAACUAAAGUUGUACGUAGUAGAAAGCGGUCAGUUGCAGUUGGACCGUCAUUGAAGUCUAAUAAGAAGGUCUCGAGUUUGGUGGACAAAUGGAAGGCAGCUAAAGAGGAAUUGCUUGAAGAGGAGGAAGAACCUGAGAGUGUGUAUGAGGUCUUAGAAAGAAAGCGCCAAAGAGAAAUUGAGGAGUGGCGUGCAAAGCAAAUUGCAAGUGGAGAGGCAAAAGAUAAUGCUAAUUUUCAGCCUCUUGGUGGUGAUUGGCGGGAGAGGGUCAAACGCAAGAGACAACAAGCAGCAAAGGAAUCUGUUGGCAAACUGCAAGAUGCAAUUGGGCACAGCCCGGACCAGCCUGAUCUGAUUGAACUUUCUAAGGGUCUACCAUCUGGUUGGCAGGUUUAUUGGGAUGAAACCUCAAAGCAGGUUUAUUAUGGUAACACUACAACAUCAGAGACGACAUGGACUCGGCCAACAAGAUGAGCACUCUGAUCUAAGCUAUACAGGCUAACUUGGGGUUCAGAAUUUAAUCUCUAGUUUCAAAUAGUUUCUGAGGGGUCAGUAGAAAUCUAAGAUGUGUAUGACUUGUUCCUUGGUUUAUUGUUACUGUGCUUUUUUUAACAGCACCAUGGUCCAUUCUGGAGCAAUUUUUGGUGUAAGACAAGGGAAACACAUGGAAUAUGAAGCCUCUUUUUAAGAAAAAAAUGCAAAAGAAAACAUGUAUUUAAGAUCUAGUAAAUAUUUAACGAGUAACCAUUGAGGAUUUGAAGUCUUA